AUGCAUGUACCACGUUUAUGUCGGUUUAUUGGCAAAGUGGUCAAAUGGCGAAUCUAUAAAGAUCCAGCUCACGAAUUGGUUGCGAUCAAUGGGCCCAUUUCGCAUCCUGGGCCGAAUCAGGUCAAGGAAGAGACAGCAGAAUUGGAGUUUCUAAUCAUAUUCGCGAGGAUACUACUUCUUUGUCUUAUUGGAAGGGGAUUGAAGGUUGAAAUGGGAUCAGAUCUGUUUGGUUUAGCCAUCCUGCAUGUGUGGACUCUGAUUUUGCAGGCGAUAGCAUCAUUCGAACCGGAUCCACAGACGAGGGACUCCAUAUUCUUGAUCUCAAAAGAUUUGCACUUACUCUCUCUCGAUAUCUGUGAAAUGACAUUCGGUGUGUGGAAUAUUAAAACCGCCAUGCAUAUCGGCAACCUUGGACGAAUCUUGCAGGCUCUGAAGCGCAAUACCCUGGCGGAAAAAAUGCAUCUGAAGGCGAUUUCGAUCAAAGAGCGCUUUCUGGGGCCGAAUGAUUAUGAGGUGGGUAUCAGCAUUGCGCUUUUGGCCAAUCUCUACAAUUACCACAUGCGCGAGUAUAAUAAGGCUGAGGCGCUCUACCUACGAUCUGUUCAAAUAAGUUUGGAUGCAUUCGGACCAAGUCACAGUGAAUUGAAGUAUGACCUUCGAGGUCUUCAACGUGUCUAUCGGAAAAUGAAAAACAUGGAGAAAAUGAGGAAGAUUACCCGAACAUAUGGCAAAUGGAAGGAGUUCCGACGUCGCCAUCAAGGGACCAUAUCUUCAAGCACUGUUGUUGAGGACGCAAUGGAAGGUUACCUUGAGUCUUCUUCCUUUAUUACGCAUCUGGACACCAUAUGGAGGGAAUUCCGUAGCAUAUUUGGGACGCUGUUGAGUGGUAAUGGCGUCGAAUAUACGUCCCAAGAAAUGGAAGGUGAAGAGCUGGACACCGAAUCAGGUGGGUCUUCUCCAUUUCCUCCUGUUAGAUACAUAGAGGGCAUGUGGGUUGAGUGUAUACUCCCAAUCUGUGAAGGUGUUAUGCCAGUCAGUCGUGUCCGGAAUAUUGUUGGUCUCAAGGAACCAGGUUUAGCCAGCAUGUGCCUCCUGUUAACCAUUCUUUCCAUAGGUUUAGCCAGCACGGUUAUGAAUGGUUCACGUGAAUCCCUAGAUAUCUACACAAUCUCUCUGGGUGCCAAAUGUAAGGCUGUUGCAGUUGAAACCGCCAAUGGCGACGAAGUCCAGCGUUUCAUUCUUUCUGUCUUUGCACAUUGGCAGAUCAAGUUUCCUGGAAGAAGAUUGUGUUUUGAUGCGUAA